GGAGGUGGAGGAGGAGGAAGAGGUGGAGGAAUGCCACACGAUGCUAUAUGAGAAAAGUUUAAUCAGAAAACACGAUUGUUAGUCAGUUAUAGAAGAAAAGAGAUGUGCUUGACAUUCUAGACAACAAGCAAACAUGAUAAUGGUAACCAAGCGAUGUCAGAGACGUUGAAUCUCACGUAUAUACACGCACUUAAUAUAUAGAUGUAUAUAUAUAUAAACGUACACACUUUCACAUGCAUUCGGUUAUAUACAAUGACAGCGGUCGGUACAAUGAUAGUGAAUGCUACCGUUACAUGUAAACGUUCUGCUGUAUUUCUAACAAUUCUCUUAAACUAUUUCUAAUCCCGUGGAAUGGAGAAUUUUAAUUAUUCGAACCUUCUCUGUCAAAUUACAGGGGAUCGAGGAUUCAAUGACAGUUUCAAUAGAACAUGGUGCAACACACUGUGGGACACUGCUCUGUGCUGGCCUCAGACACUAGCCAAUGUCGUUGUAACUCUACAGUGUCCCAAGAACAUUCCUGGAGUAAACACGAAGCAGAAUGCUACACGUGUUUGCAAUGAGAACGGCACCUGGAACGAAAAGGCGAACUAUACCUCCUGUUUCACAGAUGAUUAUAAAAUAAAUGUAACAUCAAUUUUAGCUUUCAACGAAGAACACCACAGAAAUAUCAGCGAUCUUAUCAUUAACAUAAUCUACCAUUUUGGUUUUUGCAUCUCAACGGUGGCUCUUGCAGUGGCUUUCUGCAUAUUCUCUGGAUUCAGAAAUCUGCGAUGUCUUCGAAAUAAGAUUCACUGCCACUUAAUUAUGAGUUUUAUCCUUCGUAACAUCAUUUGGCUGGCCAUGCGACAUAGUAUAGAACAUGUGGCCGUUCACAAACCCCAUCUUGAGUGGUUAUGUAAAGCUUUGGUGACAGCUUUCAAUUACUUCCAGAGUACAAACUUCUAUUGGAUGUUUGUUGAAGGUCUUCACUUGCACAUGAUUGUCGUUUGGACAUAUUCUUCAGAAAAACUCCAGCUUUGGCAUUUCAAACUAAUAGGAUGGGGAAUUCCUUUCCCAUUAAUUCUUGUCUGGGCACUUCUAAAAGCUCACUUUGAAAAUAACUCGUGUUGGAUAGCUGUACCUAUGUCCAAUUUUGACUACAUCCAUUGUGUGCCUGUAUUUCUGGUUCUGUUUGCAAACGUGAUUUUCUUUAUCAGUAUUAUCUGGAUAUUGAUAGUUAAACUUCGCAUGGCUAAUUCACCAGAAGCUGUUGACUACAGAAAAGCUGUCAAGGGUGCUUUGGUGCUUCUACCUUUGUUGGGCAUAACUUAUGUAAUGUUUAUUCUUCAACCAAGUGCAAGUUCAACAUCUUCAGUCAUAUUGAUCUAUACAGAUACCAUCCUGCAAUCAUUUCAGGGUCUUUUCGUGGCAGUUUUCUACUGCUUUUUAAACAGUGAGGUUCGUCAUACCAUCCAAAUGAAAUUAAACUGUUUCCCAAGCACUUUGCGUUUCCGGAAUGUGUCAGUGACUCGUUCAUCUCGUGUCUCUACCACUUGUAUUCAUAAACAGACAACUACGUCAACCUUAUCAAGUCCUAUUAGUCAUGAACUGUUAUCUCCAAACUACCGUCCUCAUUAUGAUCUAACACCAAGCAGUUCUAUAGGAGACAGGAGUUUGACAAUGUUUAGUGAUAGCGACACUGAAAAUAACGCCUUAUAUCCUCAACCUCCAUUUAGUGACACUCAUAUGUAAUAAAAUCAGUAAUUACAUGGAUUCGUUUCAGUGGGUGAUAUUGAAAUCAUUGAUAUCAAAAUAGAAAAGAAAUCAUUGUUAUCAUUAUUGUUGAGUUGGUAAAAGCGACAGUAAAAGAAAAAAUGUUUUACGGUAUUUGUUCCAACUCUUUACAUUCUGAGUUCAAUUCCCAUCAAGGCCAACUUUGACUUUCAUCCCUCUGUGAUCAAUAAAAUAAAGUACCAGUCAAAUACUAGUGUUGAUGGUGCUGACUAGUCCCCCUCCUCUCAAGAUUACUGGCCUUGCACCUAAGUCAGAAACUAUUAUUAUAUAUAUUAUUGAUGGCUGACUUGUUCAAAUAUGUUUUUGUACUUUGAGACUAGAUUCCAUCAAGUUUAAACUACAUGAAUGAGUUUUGAUUAUUUUCAUACAGGAAAAAAAUUUAAGAGUCUACCCAGACAGGUUUCAGAUGAAAAAUGGUCUAUUGUUAGACAAACUCUAUAUUUCCCAAUUUGUUUACAUACAUGUAGAAAAUUGCAAUGCAGAACAGCCACUAAAACAAUUAUAUUGACAGAGAACAUGUUACUGCAGAUUUUAAACACCAAAGAAGAAAACUAAUAGAAACAUGGCAAAAAAGAAAACAUACACUUUUGAUCAUAAAAUAUUGAUAUUUCUGCAGGGAAUAAAACUUUUGAGAGAGUUCCUAGUGAUACAUUUAGCAAAAACAAUACACACACACACGCACAGAUGCAUGCAUACGCGUGUGCACGCACGUGCACACACACACACACACACACACAUAAACACAUGCAUGAAAAUGAAGAAAAUGAAAAUAGAAAUUUGAGUGAAGGACCAGUUUUGCAAACAUAAUUUGCAAAAGACAAACUUUGGACAAGAAAAAUUUAUAUCAAAGAAAGACCACAUGGCACCAGGUUCCACAGUCAGUUUUGGCUUGGUUUCUACUGCUGAACAUCUUUCCUAAUGCCAUGAUGCUCUUUCUAUUUGUUGCUUCUUUUUUUAAAACUGAGGAUGAGAUAUAGAUACAAUAUCAAUGCGUCCCACGUCUACUUACAGAUUAAUCCUACAGAAUUCAAGAGAAUGCAACAACAGAGUCACAGUACAAUAAAGGUAUCAGGAGCAAUGCUGAGCUCUGAUCAUUGUUGUAGCACUUCAUGAAAAGUUGGUCAGUGCUGGUGAUGUAUGGUUGAGUGGGAUCACUAUGAACAGAUAUAUCUUCAUGGUCACAAAAUUAUUGUAAUUUUGUCCUGUAGUGAUUGUCAAUAAAAACUUCAUAGUUGACUAAUCAGGUCAAAAACUCUGCUGGUACACAUAGCAGUGCUUUCAGCUCAGAACUGGAAAAGCUAAAAAAAAAAAAAAGCAGCAACAGACCACAAUUGCACCACUAGAUGCAAACAUAAAAAAAGAGAUUGUUUCAGAUUACAUAAGCAGACCAGGAAGCAAAGUAUCUUCUCUGCCAUAACCAGCAAUUCUUUUUCAUCCUCUUUGAUAAUAGAAUUGAAAAGUGAGCAAGGAUGGAAGACUUGUAAAAACGUUAAUAAAAUAUACCCAAAGAAAGAAUACACCCUCAAAUUAAGACGAGCAAAAAUUGUGAGGAACUCAUCUCUUCCCUCAUUGCUUUGAAAAUCAGUUUUUUAUAAAACAAAUGAAGUAAUACAUAAAUCACAGAAGACUUAAAGGAUUUACACAAUUAUUUUGACACAGAUUUUGUGCAGAUUGAUGGAAGAUGAACUCUGAUUAGAUUCGAAAACAAGAUAUUAAUAAAAACAUGAUAUUAAUAAAAGUCUUUAAAGAAAACCUUCAAACAAUUUUACAUUUACUACUACCAUGAGGUGGGCUUUUCCUUGACUACUUUGACCCCACCAAAUUGCUCAAGGGUUCUUUUGGAAUGAACAAGUAUAUAGACUAACCAGAAAAAAAUAUAACAGGAAGAUCUUCAAAGUCAUUGGUAGCCCUGAUCUGACUCAAGAGAAGUUUUCUCAUCCAUGUAUGGAUGAGUCAGAUAAUUUGUGUUUCCAUUGUUCAAAUUUUAUUGUUUUGCUUUUUUUAUAUUUUUGAAUUGUUUCCUUAAUCCUUAUCACAUUUUUAAUGUUUAUUGUAUAAUGUCCUUGCAAUUCCUUGUUUUGUUCACCACUCUGAGAUGUUUUUUUUAACCCCCUUCCCAUUAUUGAUAUUUUAUUUUUUGUAUGUAUGAGCCCUUGUGGCUAAUAAAGAUAUUGUUAUUCUUGUUGUUGUUA